AUGCAGAAAAUGCUUCUGAAUUUGUUAUGUUGUUGGUUUCUCAUAGGUGCAGUACUAGAUGUAGAUAUUAUUGUGCAUGGAGAAUCAGUUGGCCCUGAAAAUUGCACAGAGGUUCGAUGUAAACGGCAUGGCCCUGUGAUCCGAUUCCCAUUUCGGCUGAAAGGAAUUCAACCACUCCAUUGCGGCUACCCGGGCUUUGAUCUGUCAUGCACCACGGACAAGCAGACCGUGCUCCAGAUCAACUCAUCAUCAGCUGACAAGUUCUUGGUUAAAAGGAUUAACUACACUGCUCAGGAAAUUGAAAUAUAUCUUUAUGAUAGUCACUACGAUUAUAUGAAUGAUUUCCAAUAUAUCUGUAUUCCUAGACAGAUUUUCAAGCUCAGUUCCUCUCCAUUCGAAUUCUCAGACGCCCAAGAGAAAACUAACUAUACCAUAUUCAGUUGUCCACCGUCAGAUGAAAGAGAUCAGUCUCCAUCCUUUUGUCCACUGGCAAAACUGAGCCCUUGCCUUGGCAAUCACAGCAACAAGAUGUAUGCUCUUGAGGAUGGAUGUGCAGAGCUUAUGUACAUGCCCCAACUGGUGUCGUGUACCAAGGUGGAAGAUUACAUGUCAGUACCAUCUGUCUGGAUGCAGCCUGUGAAGCUCAAAUGGACCAGACCAUCAUGUAAACGUUGCGAAGAGAUGGGCAAGAAAUGUGGAUUUCUGAAUCAAGUUGCAGAUGAUCAGAAAACUGAAGAAACUCAAUGUUUAGAGGUGCCUAAAGGUCCUAAUCGUGGAAAACGAAUCUUGGAGAUAUUAGUGGCUACUGUAAUAUAUUAUGUGUAUAGUUCUAAGAAGACAGAAGAAGAAAAUCAACUGAGAAUUGAAAAGUUUUUGGGUGAUUACAGAGCUCUCAAACCCAGUAGAUAUGCCUAUGGUGAUAUUAGGCGGAUAACAAAUCAAUUUGAGGACAAGUUGGGUCAGGGAGCUUAUGGAACCGUGUACAAAGGAAAGCUUUCCUCUGAAUUACUUGUUGCUGUGAAAAUCCUCGACAAUUCAAACGAGAAGGGGGAAGAUUUCAUUAAUGAGGUGGGAACAAUGGGUCUCAUCCACCAUGUUAAUGUGGUUCGCUUGGUUGGCUUUUGCGCUGAUGGAUUCAUACGAGCUCUUAUAUAUGAGUAUUUACCAAAUGGCUCAUUGCAGAAUUACUUGUCAUCUGCAGAUGAUAAGAACUCAUUUCUUGGUUGGGAAAAGCUGCAAGAUAUUGCUUUAGGUAUAGCUAAAGGAAUCGAAUAUCUUCAUCAAGGGUGUGACCAGAGAAUUCUGCAUUUUGAUAUCAAACCUAAUAACAUUUUGCUAGACCAUGAUUUCACUCCAAAAGUUUCUGAUUUUGGUCUAGCCAAGUUGUGCUCUAAGGAUCAGAGUGCAAUAUCCAUGACUACAGCUAGGGGGACCAUGGGCUACAUUGCACCAGAAGUGUUCUCUAGGAACUUUGGAAACGUAUCUUACAAGUCAGAUGUAUAUAGUUUUGGAAUCUUGUUGCUUGAAAUGGUUGGGGGAAAGAAAAAUUUUAAAGUUAUGGAGGACUCCACCAGCCAUAUCUACUUCCCAGAAUGGAUUUAUAACCUUUUAGAACAAGGGAGUGAUCUACGAAUCCAUAUCGAGGACGAAGAUGUUAAAUUAGCUAGAAAACUAGCAAUCAUCGGUCUAUGGUGCAUUCAAUGGCAUCCAAUAGAUCGCCCAUCCAUGAGCAAUGUUGUUCAAAUGUUGGAGAGAGAAGGUGACAGUCUAAGCAUGCCUCCUUAUCCCUUUGCCUCUACUUCAAAUUGA